AUGUGUUUCGAGUUAAUUCUAAUCAUUUAUGUGGAUUUAGUUUACUCUGAAAAUACGGGCGGCGGUCUUAAUGAACUCAUUGAAAAAGUUUACGAUGAAAGUAAAUCAGGUACCGUGUAUUUCGUGCAAUUUGACCAAGAUUUCUUAAGUGAAUUUGUGACAACCCAUCCGCAAACGCCUGUGUCGAUUAUACAAGACUUUGAUGUUAGUUCAUGGACAAAUAUCACUUCACCCGCCAUCUUGGUGGUACAGGCGGGUCUUGAAGUACCAGUUUUCCAAGAUAAUCAAAUCCUGACCAAAUUGAUAGCCAAAAUUAAAGUCAGGAAAUUUGUCAUUAUUGCGGCCGAAAAUCUCGAAGUCCUCAAACAGAAUUUCGCAUUCUUUACGAAGAAUAAGUUCACUAGAAUUCUUGGAAUCACUGAUGACAACACUUCAUAUGCAUAUCUUCCCUUUGACGAUGAUCGAGUUAAAAAACUGUCAAAAGGUGGAAUUCUACCGAAUCCCUUGAAAAACUUGAAUGGAUUCACUUUUCGGACAAUUAUACAGAAGGAUAUUCCUAGAACUUUUCCAUACACCGAUAAGCAAGGAAAACAAAAAGUCGGUGGAUGCUUUGGACAGCUUUUUGCAGCCUUCCUUCGACACCAUAACGCAACUUACAAAGUCAUUUUCAUCAACAACUCAACACAAUUGAACAUCCCGGCUGUGAAAAAAGCCACAGCAGAUGAUCAAAUCGAUAUCAGUUUUAAUGCACAUCCACAAUCCUCUCUUGACUGGAGUUAUCCUGUGAAGGUUGUCGGAUGGGUGAUAAUGGUUCCGAUCAAUGGCUAUGUCAAUCCACAUGAGUACUUCAAGAAACCAUUCACCCCAACUGCCUGGCUAUGUAUUGGAUUGGCCUUGGUCUACAUAACAUUGAUGCGAGUCGCUUUGAAUAAAUUGACUCAGAGGCCUUUAGAGAUCUGGCCAAGCUUUAGUCAGAUUUUUCUAACGAUGUUAAUGUUACCCACAGAGAGAGCCACUACACUACCCCAGCGAUUGUAUCUUCAGGUGUUCCUGUUUUCCUUCAUAAUUUGCAAUAUUUAUGUGAUCUUCUUUACGUCAUUCUUAACAGCCUUCAUACCUAUCAAGCAAUUCGACACCCUGGAAGACUUGCUCAAGAAUAAUUUUCCGAUCUUAGUUUCGGUUUUGGACUGGAGACACUUAUCGAGACCUGGCAACUAUCCCAUAGGAAUCAGGGACUUGCAUGUUCCCGUUGAUCACACCACCUACUACAAGGAGCUUCUUUCGAUGAAAAAUACCAGCUACGCUUAUACCCUUGGUCGUGAUCGAAGAGAUUUUCUUGUUAACAUGCAGGCUUCACUGGCGAAACCUUUGUUCCGUAAGGCCCGCCAAACUAUGAACUUCUACCUGGUUGGCUAUAUUUUGCCAUUUCAUUCACCAUUUAAGGACAUUUUAAACGAUUUCGUAAUAAGAGUGAAGGAAACGGGUCUGAUGUUGAAAUGGGAUGAUGAUGUAUUGCGCCAAGCUCCUUUGGCAGGAUUUGAUAUGAAUAUCGAUCGCAGUAAUUUCAACGAGAAGCCGAUGAAUGUUCCAUUGAAUUUAAGGCACUUUCAAUUCGCAUGGAUUUGUGUUGGGACUGGAUGGAUUGCUGCAAUUUUGGUAUUUUUGGUAGAAUACUUUUGGAGUCUUAGUUUUGGAUCUUAA